GAAACAAGAGUGCAUACCCCAUCUGGGCUUCAGGAGAUCAUAAACCAAUGACUUACCUUGAUGAAUAUACUGAAAUAUUCAAGAUGGAUAGCAAUGGUAUCAGCAAUACUGAGACUACCUGCAAUAUCACUAAUAUGAAAUUUCAGUACUCCCUCUAUGCAACAACCUACAUCCUCAUAUUCAUCCCUGGUAUUCUGGCCAACAGUGCAGCCUUGUGGGUUCUAUGCUGCUUCAUUGGAAAGAAAAACAAAGCCAUCAUUUUCAUGAUCAACCUCUCUGUAGCUGACCUUGCUCAUGUGCUGUCCUUACCCCUUCGGAUUUACUACUACAUCAACCACCACUGGCCUUUCCAGAGGGCCCUUUGCCUGCUGUGCUUUUACCUAAAGUAUCUCAAUAUGUAUGCCAGCAUUUGCUUCUUGACAUGCAUCAGCCUUCAGAGGUGCUUCUUUCUCCUCAAGCCACUAAGAGCCAGAAACUGGAAGCGUAAGUACGAUGUGGGCAUCAGUGCUGCCAUCUGGAUCAUAGUGGGGACUGCCUGUUUGCCAUUCCCCAUCCUGAGAAGCACUGGCUUAGGCAACAACAGUGACUCCUGCUUUGCUGAUCUUGGCUACAAGCAAAUGAAUGCAGUGGUUUUGGUCCCAAUGAUUACAAUUGCUGAACUUGCCGGAUUUGUGAUUCCCGUAAUCGUCAUUGGAUGUUGUACAUGGAAAACCAUUAUAUCCUUAAGACAACCACCGAUGGCUUUUCAAGGAAUCAAUGAGAAGCAAAAAGCACUACGGAUGGUUUUCAUGUGUGCUGCAGUCUUUGUUAUCUGCUUCACUCCCUAUCAUAUUAACUUUUUUUUUUAUACCUUGGUAAAGGAAACCAUUAUUAGCAGUUGUUCCAUUGUCAAAAGUACACUGUAUUUCCAUCCUUUUUGUAUUUGCCUUGCAAGUCUCUGCUGUCUUUUUGAUCCGAUUCUGUAUUACUUCAUGGCUUCAGAGUUUCGUGACCAACUAUCUCGCCAUGGCAGCUCCGUGACCCGUUCUCGUCUCAUGAGCAAGGAGAGUGGUUCAUCAGUGGCUAACUAAAAAAUAAAAUAACUUUUUAAUUAUGAACCCAAUGUUCUUAGGAUUUUUGAAAAGGCCAGAUUUAUCAGCCAGAUAAUUUCUUUAAUUGAACCUUUGAAAGAACAGAAAUAGAUUUUUUGGGGGUGAUAAUUGUGGUCAUAAGAAGAAGGAUGUUGGAGGCAGAGUAUGAAAAAUGUGGGAUGAGAAUGUAAGAUAGAAUUUAACCUAUUUCUUUUUUUUUUAAAUUUAAGGCAUCCUAUUAGUUAAGAGCCCUGGGAUCUUGCUGAGUAGAUCAGAACAAGGUAGAAAUUACAUUGUUACUCAAGUUUGUUCUGGAUUUUCCAUCCCUUGCCU